AUGGCCUCCAAUGAUAACUCGAAAAGGAAGAAUCCGAUCAAAAUAUAUCAACACAUCAAUCCAGAAAAAUUAAUGAUAAUCUUUGACUUAAGUAAAAUAUUUUAUUUCAAAACCGCAAGCCAACAACGAACGAAGCAGCAGUCUUACGAUUUUGUGAACAAGAAUUUGAGUAACAACAACAUCAACAAAAUCAUUAGCAGAAGACACAAAAACAUCAGCAACAACGUCAAAAACAACAACAGCAACAAGAUUUGUGAAUGUAUCAACACCACCAACAUACACAACAACAACAACUCUCCAACAAACGCCAACAAAAUAAUUGUCAACAACGCCACAAUAAACAACAACAUCAACAUUAACAACGGCAAUCCUUUCAACAACAAAAUAAACAACAACAGCAUUGCAAAUGACUGUUUGUUUGGCUCACGUGAUCAACCGGAAAAGGAAAUGUUUAAAAUAAAGCUGGAUGCUGAAAAACACUACGUCAUAGCCAAAAACAAUGCUUACAUGUAUUUAUCAUUGUCGCAGUCGAUUCUUUUAAUCGCAACUUUUUUUAAAUUGAUUACUUCAUUUUUAGUGGCUAACGAUUUUGGCGCCAAUUUUCUGACAAAUAAUUAUCUACUUCCGGAAUUAGCUUGGCUGUCAUUGGUCAGCGUUUUUACGAGUCCCCUGUUGCUAUUUUUAUAUUGGCUUCGUCAUCUCAACGUAAUAAGUAAACCCGAUUUUAUUAGCAGAGAUAGAAAAAAUGUAAACAAUAACACGGGUUAUAAUUGUAAUGAUAACACUAACUACAAACUAACUAACAACAACAACAAAGCUGACAGCAACUACAAUGACAUCAAUAUCAAUAGCAUUAUGAAUAACAGCAGCAGUAGUAGCAACAACAACAACAACAACACUCUCAAAAAUAACGACAUCAUAGCCAAUUCGGCACGCCGGCCAAUUACCUUAACACGUUUAUACAUGUUUGGCAUUCUCAUCUAUCUUUCCAUCAUUGUAUUCAUCGUCGCCAUCACCUUCACCAUCAGACCGAAUCUAUUCGUAUUCGCUACACACUUCGGUACAUCUCUACAAAUAAUCACUCCGAUUCUCUUUCUGUUUCUGUCGCAUCUGAUAUUGCUGUCGUCAUCGUCGUCAGCGUCACCAUCGCCUGUCUUGUUAUCAUCAUCAUCGCCAUCGCUAUCUUUGUCGGAGUUUUCAAAACCGUCUGACGAGGCAAUCACGUCAUCAAUGACGUCAUCGACGACCAUGACGUCAGCAUUGUUAACGUUAAAUGCACCGUCGUCAUCGUCAGAUUCUCAUCACUGCAAACUGAAUAUGGAAUCUAUUAAGAUUAAAAACACAUCAGCAUCAUCGUCGUCGUCUUCAUCAUCAUCGUCUUCCAACUUUAAGCAUCUUCAUAAAAUUAAAUCUACUCUCUACUUUUUCAUUAUCUCCAUCAACUUUCUACUCUCACUAAGCUUCAUGUCUCUAUUCUUCACAGAUAUCUUCAAUAGUCUUGAGCCGGAGAUGUACGCUAAAAGUAAUGACUCACAAAUCGCAAAAUCCGACUUAUAUAGCGCUAAUUUAUCGCUAAUAUCCGAGUACGUAAUACCGAUUUAUGUGCUACAAUCGGUUUUUGAAUACGUAAUGCUGGUGUUAUUGAGUGUGGAUGUUAUUUUAGCUUGGAAGAUUGCGACAACUUUCAAUUCAAAAAUUUGUGGUAAGCUGGAAGAGACAAAAUAUUUUGAUAGGAAACUUCACAACCAAUUAAACAACGUCAAUACAUUAAAUAUUAAUGACAUUAAUAGUUCAGACAACAACAAAGUUGGUCAAAGUGAUGUCGGAGCCGUCAACACAAACAACAACAACAACAACAGUAGCGAUAACGAUAGUACUGCAAUAACAAAGAACAGCAUCAGCUAUAACCUCAAUAGCAACAACAACAACAACAUCGAUGAUGUUGAAACUACACAUAUCGCCAACAAAUCAUCAUCAACAUCAUCAACAUCAGCAUCCUAUAAAACCGAAAAUUCGCCAGCGAUGAGCGAUAAAUCGAGUUCUAACGAUAACGAAUCAGUGGAUACCGACUUGAUAAUGCUGAUUAACGAUAAAGGGUACAUCCGUUUCAGAACGAGUUCAGAUUCGGAAGCUCAUAUUUCAAACAACGAAAAACUUAUCAACGAAAAUUCUUCAACUUUUGACAAAGGUGAACAUUCAAGUUUCAGAAAUUUUUUAAACAAAACCUUUAAUAUCUACAAAUAUAAAAAUGAACCGACUAACAAUGAAAACUUGAUCGGACAACUAAUCAAACCGACAAAAAACAACGAACUCGAUGAUUUCAAUACCGACGACACGGAAACACAAUUAUCCGACAAGCAGGGCAUAACCGAUACAAUAUGGCCAACGGUAACCGCAAAAAAUUUUGACCGAUCGAUUCUAGUGUCGGUACGAUCGACACAUCCCAGAACGGAAGGAGUCGCCAGGAAAACGUUACGAUUCGCCGCCAUAAGCUGCGAUUUGAGUCCGACGAAACAUACCGAUAGCGAAUCUCUGCUCUUUUCUUUAACUCGACAAACCGGCCGAUCCGAUGUCCACGCGAAAGGUUCGUCGACGAGUCUGGUCGGUAGUGUCAACGGUUCUCAAUACUUUUCGAAAUUUAAAACUCCAUCCAUCCAUCUGAGAGAGAGCAUAGAGCAGGCUCUCAAUCUGUGA